AUGGCGCCCACGUCGUCGUGUCGAGGCUCUCGCCGUGGCAGGCGGGGGGGACUCGGCUCCCGAGCGUUUACGUUUUUUUCUUUCCUUAUUGCGCUUGUGCAAUGCAGCUACAUGCCUGUCUCCUUUGGGCAAGAUACUGAGACUUCGGCUGAAGUCGCCAAAUGUCUACAAGGGACGGGACAUCUGUCACUUCGUCUCAAAGAUGCGGCCACAACUCUCAAGUUCAAGUGUGACGCCGACAGUGUUCUGCUGCCGAUAGAAAUCAAACAACAGGCCUGCGGAAACACUGCCUGCACUAAGCCAGCCACUUUUUCGUCGCUAGAGGUGCAAGAAGUAAAAAAUGGCAGGAAUUCAGAAGUGCCCUACUACACCCUCAAAGUCAAAGGUCCUGCCCCGAAGGACCCCGCCACUGUCUACUUGUUCUGCGGUCCGCAAUCAGGGGAACGCGGCUUCAGCACUCUGAGGGAGCUGCAAGAUGCAAAGAAAACCUGCAUAAUUCAAGUCUCUGUCUGGGGCACAGACCGUGCGACUGUCCCCGCAGACCACAAGUGCACCAACGGCAAACCCAUCUCGGCGAAGAUCACCGCUGACUCGAGCACUGCGAGUUUCCAGUGCGGUGAGAAGCAGACCCUCCAGCCAGUGCUCUACGAAAAUGUGUUAGUCGAUGCGAAGGAAAAGGACGCAUCGCAGACCGAGAAGGAAGUUGCCUUGCAGAGUCUCGUGGAGUCCGCCGUUCUCAACGAAAAUGGCGUGGCUGUUUCCACCGGCACUCGCGGAGGAAACAACGAAAAUACCACGGAUGUCGCGUAUAUCCUCUCCGUUGCAACCCUGCCCGCUGCUCCCCAGACAUUUUUCUACAAAUGUGUGGCGUCCAAGGCAGAGGAGAAGUCGAGGACACAGACUCAGGAAGCUGUGAAGGACUGCAAGGUCACCAUCUCUGUGACGAGCAGCGGAGAAAGAGUUGGCCGGAUCUCUUUGGUUGCCUUCGGUUUUCUGGCUGCCCUCUCGGGGGCUGCUAGACUGUAA